CAAACUCCACACAAAAAACAUGGCGACCACAACGUCGUUAAUCGACUAUGACAACCCCUCCACCCUUCUCAUCCUCUCUCUCGCAACCAUCAUCGCCCUCUUUUUCCUCCUCCGUCGGAGCCUCAAGAAGACGGCGGCGCCGUUUCCUCCCGGCCCCCGCGGCUACCCGCUCAUCGGCAACAUUCUGGACCUCGGCAACAUGCCCCACCGCACCCUGACCGCCAUGCGGGAGAAGUACGGCGACGUCGUCUGGCUCAAGUUCGGCGCCAAAAACACCAUGGCCGUCCUCUCCGCCAAGGCCGCCGCCGAGCUCUUCAAGAACCACGACAUCAACUUCAUGAACCGCAACCUCACCGAGACCACCAAGUCCCACGACUACCACCAGGGCUCCCUCGGCCUCUCCCCCUACGGCACCUACUGGCGCGUCCUCCGCCGCCUCGUCACCGUCGACAUGCUCGUCCUCCGGAAGAUCAACGACGGAGUCCCCGUCCGCCGCCGCAACGUCGACAAGUUGAUCGACUGGGUCCGUGACGAGUCCUCCCCCGCGGCAGGUGAUCAACAACCAGCGCCAGCGCGUGAGAUCCACUUGGCCCGACUCGUGUUCCUGACCACGUUCAACCUGCUGGGCAACCUGCUCAUGUCCAAGGACCUGGUGGGCUCGGACUCGAACGAUGCGGACACGUUCUUCGAGGCGAUGAUGAAGCUGAUGGAGUGGAGCGGGCACGCCAACGUGGCCGAUGUGUUCCCCUGGCUGCGAUGGCUUGACCCUCAGGGCUUGAGGAAGAAGAUGGACCGGGACCUUGGGAUCGCGCUAGGGGUUGCUUCCAAGUUCGUCAGGGAGAGGAUCACCCAAGGAGACAACAACGAGAAGGAAGGCGACAAGAAGGACUUCCUCGAUGUGAUGCUCGAGUUCCGAGGCAACGGGAAGGACGAGCCCGACCGAUUUACCGAGCACCAGAUCAACAUUUUCAUAUUGGAGAUCUUCCUGGCGGGAUCGGAGACGAGCAGCAGCACGAUCGAGUGGGCAAUGACGGAGCUCCUCCGCCACCCGGAGUCGAUGUCCAAACUGAAGUCCGAGCUGGACAAAGUGGUGGGACCCGACCGGAAAGUGGAGGAGUCCGACAUCGACGACCUCCCGUUCCUCCAAUCCGUCAUCAAGGAGACCUUCCGCCUCCACCCGCCGCUCCCCCUGCUGGUGCCGCGGCGCGUGGAGGAGGACGCGAUCUACAUGGGCUACCACGUGCCGAAGGGGACGCAGGUCCUGGUCAACGCGUGGGCGAUCGGGCGGGACGCGGAGGCCUGGGGGGACGACGCGUGGGGGUUCAAGCCGGAGCGGUUUUUGGGGUCCAAGGUGGACUUCAGGGGCCAGCAUCACCAGCUGAUCCCGUUCGGAGCCGGGCGCCGGGUCUGCGCCGGGUUGCUGCUGGCCCAUCGGAUGGUCCACCUGGUGUUGGGGACGUUGGUUCAUGAAUUCAACUGGGAGCUUACCGUUGACCCCAAGGAUCUUAACAUGGAUGAUCGGUUGGGGGUGACCAUGAGGAGAUUUGAGCCGUUGAUGGCCGUGGCAAGAGAAGUCAGGGGGUGA